CUAUCUUCUCUUCUCCGCUCUCUUCCUCUCAAUCCCCUCCUCUCCUCUCUUUUCCUCAACUCCCUCUUCUCUGUAUUCCCGUUCUUCUCCCUUCUCACCCAAUUACCUCGAUUUCUCCAAUACGAUCCGCCCAUCAUCACCUCGAUUUCUCCAGUACGACCCGCCCAUCAUCACCUCGAUUUCUCCAGUACGAUCCGCCCCUCCAUCUUCACUGCUAUCUUCGUCUCAGACAAUUUUCAUAAUCUACGGGUUGUGGCGAGUCCGGUAUAUUACGUCGCCAUGGGAGUGCAGGGUCUUUGGGAGCUCCUCGCCCCCGUGGGCCGUCGCGUCUCAGUCGAAACCCUAGCCGGCAAAAAACUCGCUAUCGAUGCGAGCAUAUGGAUGGUGCAGUUCAUGAAGGCGAUGCGGGACGAAAAGGGCGAGAUGGUGCGCAAUGCCCAUCUUCUCGGCUUCUUCCGCCGCAUCUGCAAGCUCCUCUUCCUCCGCACCAAGCCCGUCUUCGUCUUUGACGGAGCCACCCCGCCCCUCAAGCGCCGCACCAUCGCCUCCCGCCGCCGCCACCGUGACGCCGCCCGUGCCAAGAUCCGCAAGACCGCCGAGAAGCUCCUCCUCACCCAUCUCAAGGCGAAGAGGCUUGAAGAAUUGGCCGCAGAAAUAAAGAAUGGCCGGGCGAAGAAGUGUGAUCCGAAGGGCAAGCAGGUUGAAAGCGGUAGGGCGGGAGAAAGCAGCAUGGAUCGUGCCUUCUCCGCCCAGGAAAGCCUAGAUGAGCUGUUGGCAGCUUCGCUUGCUGCGGAGGAAGAGAGGGAAUUAACUGAGAAAGCAGAAGCCUCUGCUGUGAGCGCUCUUGCUGAGGAAGAGGGAGACUAUGAUGAGAAUGAAGAGAUGAUUCUUCCACUGACAACGAACAACAUUGAUCCAGCAGUCUUAGCUUCGCUGCCUCCAUCAAUGCAAUUAGAUCUUCUUGUCCAGAUGAGAGAAAGAGUGAUGGCUGAAAAUAGGCAGAAGUACCAGAAAAUUAAGAAGGUUCCUGCCAAAUUUUCUGAGCUACAAAUUCAGUCAUACCUUAAAACUGUUGCUUUCCGCAGAGAGAUAGAUGAAGUGCAGAGAUGCGCUGCUGGAAGAGGUUUAGGGGGUGUUCAAACUUCAAGGAUAGCUUCUGAAUCUAAUAGAGAGUUCAUUUUUUCAUCUUCAUUUACUGGUGAUAAACUGAAGCUAACAACAAGAAUUGGAAAGGAUGGAGAUGCAGAUAAUUGUUCGGUAAAAGAGCAAAACACUUCAGGAUUCACAAACGGCAGCAGUCAUUCUAAAUCUGCUACAGAUGCUCCUCCUAGUGGUGAACUUUUAGAGGAUCUUGGAGAUGUUGAGACAUACCAGGAUGAGAGGGGGCGUGUUCGAGUGAGCAGAGUUAGAGCUCUAGGUAUUCGUAUGACUCGUGAUAUACAACGGAAUUUAGAUUUCAUGAAAGAGUAUGAGCAAGAGAAUAGUAGGAGAGGAUUCUCCAUAGAUCAAGGGCCCAGUGGCACUAAAAGAGUUCCUGAUGUUCAUGGUCUUUUUGAAAGUAAUGAAACAAAUGUUCUUUCAAGUAAUGAGGACAAUAAUGAAAUUAUUAGCAAAAAUGUUCAUGAGUCAGCUGUAGAAGUGAAUGGUAGUUCUAGUGAACCCUCUUUUCUUCGAAGUAAAGAUACAAUAGAGAUAUCUUUCUUAGAAGAUCAAGGCGAGGUGAAAGACUCAGAUGAUAAGCUGUUUCUCAGCUUAGUUUCUGGAGGCCCGGCGUCUAACUUUCUUUCUGAUGCUGUUCAUUCAGAAAAAAGCCCAAAGGAGUCUGACAACUCUGAAUGCAUAUGGGAGGAAGCUGUGGUUGAGGAAAAAACGGGAACUCCAAAAGAAGAUGAGAAGGAUGGUCUGUCAUCUUUGGUUCAAAGAGGCAGCAAUGAAGAAGAUGAGGUUGAUUGGAAGGAAGCCCUCUGCCACACUACCAAAGUUGCAUCUGACAGUCCACUUCAACCUAUUAAAGUAUCGAGAGGAUUGCUCGAAGAAGAACAUCUUAUAGAGGAAGCAAUAAGGAGAAGUUUAGAGGAUCUCGAGAGACAAAACUCUGCAGCAGAUAAUUUAAAUUUGGGUACAUCUAGCAGAAUUCAAAGUGACAAUCAAAGUUCUUUAGGAUUUGAUUCUAAUGAUUUGGAGCCUUUUGAAAGUGGAGGUAAAACUUGUGAUUCUUUAGAAACCCAUUCUACGAGAAACAUGUCAUAUUUUAUAGAAUGUGGGACUAGCAAAGGAAUCAACAUUGAUGAACAAGAUGUUAUGCUUGACACUGAACAAGCCUAUGCUGAUGCACAAGGUGAUCAGCAGGUUAUUUUAUUAGCUAAUGCUGAUAGAGUAGAUUUUCUGCAUGCUACCGAUUCUCAAUCAUCUUUAGAAAAUAUAUCAGAAAAAUUUCAGAAUGUUGAUAUAUCGCAUACGAACAAUGCUGUACAUGCAGGUCCUGCAGAUUGCAAACUCACUUGGAAACACCAAUCAGAAGAUACCAAGAAAUAUGCUGGAAGUGAUUCUGGUUUGGAAGUACCUGCAGAGACUAAUGGCAAAUUGAGUUAUAUGACUAAAUCUAAUAUGCCUGAAUAUGUUGUUUCUGAAACUCAUAGUAGCCAAAAUUGGGAUUCAAUUCAGCCCUCUGGAAGAAUAAAUGACAACAACUAUCUGAAAAAGAACAUUGUAAUGGAUGAAGUGGUAGUCAACACUGAUUUACGGAGAGAAAAGUCUAUUGUCGAAGAUGCAGAUCUUUCUAGGCCUAUUGUAGGUAAUAUUGAAACUGAAUACCAUAUUGAUGAUCACAGUGAAGUUUCAGAAGCUGGUCUGGAGGAAGAAAUCUCACUGCUUAGACAAGAACAGCUAAAUCUUGGAGAUGAGCAGAGAAAGCUAGAACGGAAUGCAGAAUCUGUCAGCAGUGAGAUGUUUGUUGAGUGUCAGGAGUUGCUUCAAUUGUUUGGGUUGCCAUAUAUAAUUGCACCAAUGGAGGCAGAAGCUCAGUGUGCUUACAUGGAAAGGAAAAGCCUUGUUGAUGGUGUUGUUACUGAUGAUUCUGAUGUCUUCUUAUUUGGAGCUCGGAGUGUUUACAAGAAUAUAUUUGACGAUCGAAAAUAUGUUGAGACAUACUUCAUGAAGGAUAUAGAGAGCGAGCUUGGAUUAACUAGAGAAAAGUUAAUCCGCAUGGCACUGCUUCUGGGAAGUGACUAUACAGAAGGAGUCAGCGGAAUUGGGAUUGUCAAUGCUAUUGAAGUUGUACAUGCAUUUCCUGAAGAGUAUGGCCUUAACAUGUUUAGAGAAUGGAUUGAAUCUCCAGAUCCAUCUAUACUAGGAAACCUUGAUAAUCAUAGUAAUAGCAGUUCAAAGAAAAGAACAUCGAAAGCAUCCAAGAAAGGUGCAGAUGCAACAAUGAGCAAUGCGGAAGAAUCCACAUUUAAAGGCCAUGAUGAUCAACCAUCUACUAGCGGCAAUGACAAUAUCAUGGAGACAUUCAUGAGUAAACAUAGAAACGUGAGCAAGAACUGGCAUAUCCCUUCGUCAUUUCCCAGUGAGGCAGUUAUUAGUGCAUACACUUCACCACAAAUUGAUGAGUCAACAGAUCCUUUCUCAUGGGGGAAGCCUGAUAUAAAUUUGCUUCGCAAGAUGUGUUGGGAAAGGUUUGGAUGGAACAGUCAGAAGGCUGAUGAACUGCUUGUACCUGUUUUAAACGAGUAUAACAAGCAUCAGACACAGCUGCGGCUGGAGGCCUUUUAUAUGUUCAAUGAGAGAUUUGCAAAAAUCCGAAGCCAGAGAAUUAAGAAGGCUGUAAAAGGAAUCACAGGAGGUCGUUCUUCAGACUUGACAGAUGACCUUGCACAAGAAGAAUAUUCUGGAAAGAAGCUCAGAAGAAAAAAGAGAACACACAAAAUUGUGCAGUCGGAUAGUGGGAGUGAAAAGUCAGGUUGUAGAUCAGGAAGAAGUGAAUUGAGUGCCUUUGUUAGUGGAAGAGCGAGAGGAAUGAACAGAGCUCGAGGGAGGGGAUCAGGAAGAAGUCAAGAAAAGACUAAUUUUGAAGUUAACAAUGAGGUUUCUGCUGAUGAUUCCAGUGACCAAGAAGAAAUGGAGAACCACACUAUACCAGAGGCUGUGACAGAAUUACACGGG